AUGAAUAACUGGCAGCAUUCAUUCAAUAAUCAGUGUAAUCUAACAGAGCAUCUUCAAAAGCCAUACCUUCGUUUUGAUAACAGAGAGAAGACAACGACAAAAGUAGUAUUUGAUGACCGAACAAAUUUGAUAUGGGCUGGUGAUUCGUAUGGUUGCGUUUCGUCAUAUGACCCUUCAUUUUCACUAUACACACGAUUUAAAGGACACAUUGGUGGAGUUGCCGUGAACGACCUUCUAAGCCACCGAGACGGGAUUUUAUCACUGAGUGAAGAUUCAUUGCACUUUUCUAAUCGUAGAGGUGUGACGACAUUCAACUUGACAAGUAUAGACAUUGCAGCCUUUAGCGGAUUGAAAGCUAUGUGUUAUUCUUCUCCAGAAAAACAGCAUAAAGUUUACUGUGGUGGUGAAAAUUUAGCAUCUGGUAUAACCUCUAUUGAUUUAACUAAAGGGAAGUUUAUGUCAUCGGGUUAUUAUAAUUCUAAGGUAAAAUUGUUAAAGUCAAAUAAUAAACUGAUUACUGUAGGUAAAGAAUCCGGUUCAAUAGACUUAUAUGACCCUAAUUCCGACCAUAUCAUUAAAUCCUUUUCAGGACAUUCAGCAACAAUAUCAUCGAUGGAUGUCUGCGACUAUACUCUAAUUACCGCCGGGAAAUCCGAAAGAUUUUCUACCAUGUAUGCGGAUCCCUUUGUAAACGUGUAUGAUCUAAGAAAUAUGAAACAGUUACCUCCAAUAUCAUUUUCUAAAGGAACAACAAUGGGUAAUGGGGGUGCCGAUAUUGUUCAAUUACAUCCAUUAUUGCCCACUGUCAUGGUUGUUGCAACUUCCAGUGGUUCAUUUGAUUUUAUCGAUUUAGCAAAUCCGACAAUGAGGACUCAAUAUGUCCACCCUUGUCAAUCAAUAAAGGAUUUAACUCUCUCACCCAAUGGGGACUAUCUUUCUAUUGUAGAAUCUAACGAUUGCUUGAAUUUAUGGAAUAGGUCCCAAAAUACAACUGGAUUUACGAAUUUGCCGGAACCAUUAGAAUACCCUGAUUGCGUUAUGGAUGGUCCAACUCAGGGCCCUGUUGAUAUUGACAACGAUAACUAUCCCUUAAGUAGUGUUGGUCUUCCAUAUUACCACGAGAAACUUCUGUCUGCUUGGCCUCGUGUUAUCUUCAAAAGUAGUGGGACUAUCCCACGUAAAUUCGAUAUGAAUUCAUUACCAUUCUCAUCAAAUAAACUAACUGCAUCUUCUCAGCUUUCCAAUCUAAUUAAUGAACAAUUCCCAUUCCACCGUUAUGAUAAAACAACUAUGGGAUACAGAAACGUUGCGGAGCCGUACGUUUGUGUGAGUGAUCUUAGAAAUCAUUCAAGUAUAGAUUUGAAACCAGAAGAGCUAACUAGAUACAAGCCUGCUAAUGAUUUAGAAAUCCCUCCUGCAGUUCGUACUCUACCAUUUACUUCAGGGAGGUUUGGUUCGAAUAAUUUUGAUUUUAGAGGAUUCAAUAAGACUUCAUAUUCUGGAUUAGAUACAGAUAUUGAUAACUUAUAUACGAAUGCUAUUCUUCAACUUUAUAGGUUUGUCCCCGAAGUUUACAAUUUUGUUGUCGGAUGUUUAAAGGAUGAGAAUCUUGACAAGAUUACUUUACUUUCCGACUUAGGUUAUCUUUAUGAUAUGAUGGGUAGAUCUCGUGGGAAGGUCUGUAGUUCUUCAGGUUUCCAAUUAGCUUUAAAUUCUAUCGAUGAAGCUAAAGAAUUAAAUCUAGUUAAUACACCUAACGAAUAUACUAAAGAUACUUUGGCGCUUGACAGGUUAAAUUUGAAUUCUGAUAAGCUCACCCCCCCAUCAACAUCUUCUACUUCGAGCAGUUAUAGUAAACCAGUUGAAAAAUUAUACAAGAGCCUAUCGCAAAGAUUCAAUGAUUUUUUACUUUCCAGAUUGAUCAAAGAAGAAUUUACCACUACUGGAAACAAUACAGCGUUAGAGCAAUGUUUUGGAUUCCAAUUGGAAACGAAUGUGAAUGCGACCUGUAAUGAUUAUGAAAGACAAUCCACUAUAAUCCCAACAUUAACUGUUCUGUCACCAGCACGAAAUGGUAUUAAGCAAUCUAACAAAAAAUACAAUAAUAACAAUAAUCAAUCUAUCCUCACAUAUAUCGAAACAUCAAUGAAAAGAAUAAAACAUAUUAAUAGCCGCUGUGACAAGUGUCACAAGCAAGAAGUGGUAGAAUAUGAACGUACGAUUAAAAAUUUGCCCCCUGUUUUAUCUUUAGAAAUAUUAUUAACUAAGAAUGAAUGGAACACUGUGAAAAAUGCAAAAAAUUGGUUAGCGAAGGGAUUUUACGCUACCAUUCUCAAAGAUAAAGCAGUCAUUAGAUCCAAUGCCAUUGAUCUUAAAUCAAACAAUCAAGUUUUUAAAUAUGAAUUAAAUGGGUAUGUUGCGAGGAUCAACGACCCGGCCGGUGAGUUGAAAUUAGUUACAUAUGCCAGAGUUUUCGAUUACAAGCUUAACGUUUUCAAAUGGUAUAUGCUUAAUGAUUAUUUAGUUAUUGAAGUCGAUGAAGAGGAAGCUUUAAAUAUAUCUCCAUGGUGGAAAACCCCUGAAUUAGUUAUUUAUUGUGAUGCUGAAGAACUUCGUAAACCAUUUUUUUCAGUAGACACGUAUUCCAUCAAUUAUGAUAUUUUAUAUCGUGAUCAUUUUGCUGCUGGUGUCAGAAAAGGUGUCAAGACUGAAUAUAAGUUGUUGACUAAGAGUGAAGGACCUACAGCAGGAACGUUAGUAGCUAUUGAUGCUGAAUUUGUUCUACUAAAUGAUGAACUGAGUGAAAUCAAUUGUAAAGGUGCCAAGACUAUUGCUAGAUCUAAAAGAAUUGCACUAGCAAGGGUGUCUGUCUUAAGAGGAGAAGAAUCUGAAUUAUUUGGUUUACCUUUUAUUGAUGAUUAUAUUGUCACCACAGAUCAUAUUGAAAACUACUUGACACGGUAUAGUGGUAUACAUCCUGGUGAUUUAGACCCACUAACGAGCUCUAGACCGUUAGUGAUGAGGUCAGUAAUUUAUAGGAAACUUUGGUUAUUGUUGCAAUUAGGUUGUGUAUUUGUUGGUCAUGGAUUAUACAAUGAUUUUAAGAAUAUUAAUAUUAAUGUUCCAAGUAAACAAAUCAGAGAUACCGCUUUGUAUUUCUUACAAGGUAAAAGGUAUUUAUCACUAAGAUAUCUUGCCUUUGUUUUGUUAGGUAAUAAUGUGCAAGAAGGUGAUCAUGACUCAAUUGAGGAUGCUCACACGGCAUUAAUACUUUACAAGAAGUAUUUGAAUUUGAAAGAAAAUGGUACUUUAGAAGCAACGAUUAAAAGUUUAUAUGACGAAGGAAGAGCUUCUAAUUAUAAAGUUCCUGAAAAACAAGCUAAACAGCUGUGA